GUCGUGGCGUGGGAGCGGGGACGGCAGAGGUACUGCCGACUGUGGGAUUCACGGGGUGGGUUCUGGGUUGGUUAAGCCUCAAUCAAGAUACCAGCAAUGAUUGGAAGAAUUGCUCUGCCAAAAACAACAACUCUGUCACUAAAUGACAGGUUCUCCCACUUGCGUCAGCUGCGUGACCAGCAGCUGCAGCAGCAACAACAGCGGCAACAACAACAGCAGCAGCAGCAACAGCAGCAGCAGCAACAGCAGCAGCAGCAGCGGCCGCGGCUGCAACUGGGCAGCUCGCUGGAGAACCAACGGCUGGCUGCGCAGAUGGAGAGCCGGCCGUCGGUGCUGGCUGCGCUCGGCGGGCAGCGGGUGAUGCAGAAGCCAGCGGCGAUGGCGGCGGCGGCGCCCCAGAAGCGAAUGCACGUCAAGCAGCGUCUGGCGAUUCAGGCGCGGCUGGGCGUGAUGCGCGCGCCGGCCGGCCGGGACUUCUCCGUAACUGGCUGUUGGGACCGUGCCGCGCGCUCCCUGUGCUGA